GAUUGGCGUCACAGCAAAUCGAGGAUGUGGUUCACAAAGUAGAACGGAUGACAAGACUCGGUUAUCAAGGGCUCAAUAAGAUGGCAGGUCGUGUUCAGAAUGAAUGAGCGCCAUUUUAUAGUGGGAUGGAUCGCAAGAAAACAUUUAGGUGCAGGUUGGAAAAACAUGUUGGGCGGGGUAAGAUCCAAUGAACAAGGUUUAGGGUUAGGGUUAAUGGUACAGUAUAAGUACAGUACAUUUAGAUCUGCACAGUGAGUACUGAGGCGUACUGUAUCGUACCGUGCACAGUACACCAGUAUUCUACAAGCAUGUAAUAUACAGAACCGCCUUUUAGACCGCUUUUGGCAGAAUAGAGGCCCCACCAAAAAUCUUGCUGAACUUCCAAGUUCCAGCGAUUGCAGUUCCUAGGAACCUUCGGUCUAUGAACCCCGGAUCUUGGGUUGCGAUCCCCGAAUUCCUUCCAAAAUGCCGAAAAGUAAACCUGAAAAGCGCGACAGUUCUUCAGCCGGGCGCAUUACCGACUCCCGUUUUGCCAAUUUUGAGACGGACCCGCGUUUCCAACUACCGUCUAAGAAAAAACUUAAGACCAAGCUCGACAAACGCUUCUCGCGGGUGCUUAAGGAUGCCGACUUUGUUGCCACCGCAAAGGUCGACCGCUACGGUCGGAAGGUGAAGUCGGACGUGAAAAAGAAGGCGCUUCAGAGGCUGUACGAGGACGAAGAGGAGGAAGAUGAGGAGGCCCAGGAUGCCAACGAGGACUUUGAGGUCGAGGACGACGAUAUAGUGCGUCGCGAGUUGGAGAAGGCGGAUGCGAAAUACGACCCUGCUCGUGGCGGCGGUUUUUCCGAGUCCGAGUCCGACUCAGACUCGUAUUCUGACUCUGCCUCCGAAUCGGACGAGCCAGAACCGGUGGACGAAGUUGAGGAAUCUCGGCCUGGUAUUCGUCUGCGCAGGGACAAGCAGGAGGUCGAGGUUGGCGAGGUCACGAACCGGUUUGCGGUUGUCAACAUGGACUGGGACCACAUCAAAGCUGUAGAUUUGAUGGCUUUGUUUUCAAGUUUUGUGCCAGUUGGCGGCCGCAUCGACAAAGUAUCUAUCUACCCCAGCGAGUUCGGUAAGGAGCGGAUGCAGCGUGAGGAGUUGGAAGGUCCUCCAAAGGAGAUUUUCAAGAAUGCCAAGGACUCCCACGAUUCGGACGACUCCGAGUCCGACAGCGCGAGCGAUGAGGAUACCGACGAAGACUCCGAUGAGGAGGUAAAAAAGGAGCUUUUGAAGGAGGGAAACGACCAAGACUUUGAUAGCGACGCCCUAAGGACCUACCAGCUCGACCGAUUGCGAUACUACUACGCUGUAGUGGUUUGCUCUGACAAGGACACAGCACACAAGAUAUACGAAGCGACUGACGGCACAGAGUACCUUUCCUCGUCCAAUUUCCUUGAUUUGCGCUUCGUCCCUGACGACGUUACAUUCGAUGAUGAACCCUCGGACGAGUGUGACAGUGUCCCCACCGGAUAUAAGCCCAUCGAGUUUGUUACGGACGCCUUGCAGCAUUCCAAAGUCAAGCUCACCUGGGACAUGCAUCCGGAAGAGGUGUCGAGGAAGGAGUCGAUCAAGAAGGCCUUUACGGGUAGUCGGUCAGAAAUAGCAGAAAAUGACCUGCGUGCAUACCUGGCAAGUGACAGCGAAAGCGAUGAUGGAGAGGAUAUGGGUGCUCCAGCAGAAGAACAAAACGCAGAAGAAGGAGCGCCGCUAAGCAAGAAAGAGAUCGAAAGGCGCAAGUUGCGAGCAGCGCUCGGCCUCAGCGAUGAGCCUGCCCCGAAGCCGUCAAAAUCCGGCUUUGUGGGAGAGAUGCAAAUAACAUUCACCCCAGCUCUUUCAGGGAAACCGGAGAAGAAAGACGAGGCUGAGGAAACCACAAUUGAAAAGUAUAAGCGCAAGGAGAAAGAGCGGAGGGAGAGACGGAAAGCAAAAGCGCUGGCAAAGAGGGAUGGCAUCGACCCGGAUGAUAUGGUUGAAGUCAAGAAAGCUCAAGAGCCUGUUGAAGAUCUCGGUUUUGACGAUCCAUUCUUCACCUCCGAGCCGGCGCAGCCGUCAAAGUCAACCAUCCGAAAGGAAGAGCGACUCAAGAAGCGGGCUGCUCGGGAGAAGGAGGAGGCUGAGAAUGCUGCGCAGAAGGCCCAGCUGGAGCUUCUUAUGGCUGACGAGGGUGGUGGUGGGAAGCAUCUUGACCACUUCGAUAUGAAGGAGAUUAUGCGUGCCGAGAAGCACAAGGGCAAGAAGAAGAAGAAGGGCAAGAAGGCAGCCGAGGACCAAGGCGGCCUACAGGAGGAGUUCAAGAUGGAUGUGGAAGACCCGCGGUUUAAGGCGGUGUUUGAGAGCCACGAAUUCGCCAUCGACCCGUCGAACCCCAAGUACAAGGCAACACAGGGGAUGAAGAAGCUGUUGGAAGAAGGCAGGAAGAAGCGGAAAGCUGGUUUUGACGACUCAGCCGACGGUACCAAGGGCGACAGAAGCUCCAAGAAGGCCAAGGCGGAUGGGGUUGCAGGGGAACUAAGCACUCUGGUAGACGCCGUCAAGAGGAAGACCAAAGCUAGUAAGAGGUAGUAUGACGGCUCAUUUGGCUGCCGCCUUGAAUACUAGCACCAAUAAUCCACACUGGG